UCCAGAUGGAAUCUUCAUGGAAGUGAACUAACCCUCUCAUAUCUAUUGAUGAUGUUUUUCUAUUUUUCCAGGACACGCCAUGGAGAAACCCUCAAAGGAUCGUCUCACUUUAUCUCCAGGUUGUAAAACGGAAGAUGAGGACAUCACAGGAGAUCACAUGGAGGAAUCUGGGAACGGUUUUUCACCCAAGUCCCGCCCUUCUGAACAUCAGACAUUGCAGACGGGUGAGAAGGUAUACGCCUGCUCCGAGUGCGGGAAGUGUUUUCCACGACGAUAUGACUGUUUUGUUUUACAUCAAAGAUCUCACACGGGGGAGAAGCCAUUUCCCUGCCCCGAGUGUGGAAAAUGUUUUACGAUAAAAUCAAACCUUGCAAAACAUCAAAGAAUUCACACGGGUGAGAAGCCAUUUCCCUGCCCUGAGUGCGGGAGAUGCUUUUCACAGAAGGCCCAUGUUGAAUCGCAUCUGUUUUUUCACACGGGGGAAAAGCCGUUUUCCUGUCCACAGUGUGGAAAAUGUUUUACAAAAAAAUCAGUCCUUGUAAGACAUCAAAGAACUCACACAGGCGACAAGGCUUAUUCCUGCCCUGAGUGCGGGAAAUGUUUUUCACACAAAAAUUCCCUUGUUACACAUCAAAGAUCUCACACGGGGGAGAAGCCGUUUUCUUGCCCCGAGUGCGGGAAGUGUUUUUUUUUAAUGUCCCAUCUUAACAAACAUCUGGAAUCUCACACAGGAGGUGACAAAGUGCAUUCCUGUCCUGAGUGUGGGAAAUGUUUUCGAGAAAAAAACGACCUUGCAAGACAUCAAAGAACUCACACGGGUGAGAAGGCAUAUUCCUGCACUGAGUGCGGGAAAUGUUUUUCAAAUAAAUCCCAUCUUAACGCGCAUCUGAGGACUCACACGGGUGAAAAGCCGUAUUGCUGUCCUGAGUGUGGAAAAUGUUUUACACAAAGAUCAGGCCUUCUAACCCAUCGGACAACUCACACCGGAGAGAGGCCGUAUUCCUGCCCUGAUUGCGGGAAAUGUUUUUCACAGAAUGCCCAUCUUACGAUACAUCGGAGAAUUCACACGGGGGAGAAGCCGUAUUCCUGCCCCGAGUGUGGAAAAUGUUAUCCACAGAGAUCAGACCUUAAUAAACAUCAGAGAUCUCACACAGGUGAGAGGCCGUAUCCGUGCCCCGAGUGCGGGAAAACGUAUCCACAGAAAUCGGACCUUGUUAAACAUCAGAGAUCUCACACGGGGGCGAAGCCGUAUUCUUGCCCUAAGUGCGGGAAAACAUUUUCACGCAAGUUUGAUUUUACCAAACACUGUAGGUCUCACACAGAUGAGUAGAUCCGUAGCUUCUUGGUGUCGAAAAUGUCCUUCAUCCAAGUCCAACCUUACUGAACGUCGCAUAUGCUACACACGGGACGAGAAGCCGUAUUUCUGCCCUGAGUGCGGGAAAUGGUUUUUCACAUUUGUUCUAUCUGCUCAAAACAUCGGAGAACCCACAAAACCCUUGAGGUGUAUUAGCGUCUUAGUCUAGAAAAUGGCCUUCAUGAAAGUCCAAUCUUGCUGAACAUCAGAUAUGCUCCACACGGGGAGAAGCCAUAUUCCUGCCCUAAAUGCGGGAAAUGGUUUUUCACAGAAGUCUUAUUUUCUCAAACAUCUGAGAACCCACACUACCCUCGAGGUGUAUUAGUUUCCUGAGUGCGGGAAAUGUCUUCUAUAUGGAUCAUAUUUUGCCGUACAUCAGAGAUCUCACACUGGGAAGAAGCUCACCUUGAUAUACACCUCAGAAAACACGUGGCUGAGCGCUCCUCUGAUCUUUUAUCAUGAAAGAAACACUUCAGUAGGAUUAUUUUUUCUCUUUUUUUGUCUGGAUUACUCUUGGAGGAAGGAAAAUUGUUGCUUGGUGUGUCCCUCUAGCAGUGUAGUCUGAUCUCCCCUGUUCUUCAGAAGCUUCAUAGGAAGACAUUGUGGUGAGAGACUCUAGCCAGUUCCUACCCAGCCCAUAGCGGAUAGACGGGCCGGCGGUGUUUUUUUUUUUCAAUAUGCGUUAUCGAAUGUGUGGCCGUGCAGUGGCACGAUCUGCCACCGGACGUGACCGAUCAGAGUACCGGCUCUCUGCCGUUACCAU